ACUUUGGGCCAGGGAAGAAGGAGGAGUUCGGGGAAGGGAGACGCCUUACCGCUUCCUAUUGGUAUAGGCGCCAAUCCAAGGCUGGAAGGCGGCGCUUUGGGGAGAAAUUGCUGUACCUACAUCCCUGACGGGAUGGCUUGUUCGCGGGACUGGGCGGCUGAGGAGGGGAAGGACCACCAAGACUAUAUUUUGGAACCACUUUCCCUGCCAGAAAGUCCAGGUGGCAUUUCUGCUGAAGAAGAAUCUCCAUAUGUGCCUUGUCUAUUCUGUGAAGAAUAUUAUCCAAUAUCAGAACAAAAUCAAAAUCUGAAACACAUGAUCAUAAAACACAAACUUGUCAUAGCAGAUGUCAAGCUGAUUGCAGAUUUUAGAAGGUAUGUAUUGUACUGGAAGAAAAGAUUCACAGAACAGCCUAUUGCUGACUUCUGUUGUAUAAUAAAAACAAACUCUGAAACAGCUUUAGAGGAUCAGGACAAUUAUUUUCUUUUAUGUGAUGCCUUACCUGAAGACAGAGAACUAAGGGAGAAACUUCAACAACAAAGACUGAAAGAUAUUCUGGAUCAACAGCAGCAAGAAAGAUAUGAUGCAGAUUUUCAUGGCAUAUGCAUGUUUUGUGACCAGCUUUUUUUGGGUAACAGGUCAGUCCUUGUCAAUCACAUGGCAAAAGAUCAUGCAUUCAAUAUUGGAUUGCCAGAUAACAUUGUGAACUGUAAGGAGUUUUUGGAUGUUCUUCAGAAAAAAAUUGACAGUUUCCAAUGUUUAUACUGUGAAAAAACAUUUGGGGAUAAGAACAAACUCAAGGACCACAUGAGGAAGAAGCAACAUCGUAAAAUCAAUGCUAAAAACCAAGAAUAUGACAGAUUUUAUAUUAUUAAUUAUUUGGAAUUUGGGAAGUCCUGGGAACAGGUUCAGUCAGAAGAUGAUCAAGAAUUGUUCCACAAUCAAGAAGAGGACUGGUCUGAUUGGGAAGAACAUCCUGUUUGUGCAAUCUGUCUCUUCUGUGAAAAGCAAACUGACACCACAGAAAAACUCUAUGUUCACAUGGAGGAGGCUCAUGGAUUUAACUUGCUAAAAAUUAAAUCUGAGCAUGAUCUGAAUUUCUAUCAACAAGUAAAACUAAUGAAUUUCAUCAGAAGACAGGUGCACCAAUGUCAGUGUUUUAAGUGUGAGAAAAAAUUCCAUUUAAAAAAAGAGUUAAUAUGUCAUUUGGAAGAUAGCAAACAUAUAGCAGUUCUACCUGAAAGAUCUGUUUGGGAUCAACCACAGUACUAUUUUCCUACCUAUGAAAAUGAUACUCUUCUCUGCUCACUUUCUGACAAUGAGGAUGAACUGGCAGCUGAAAAACGAACAGAUAACAUACCUGUCAUUAGUGAAGAUGUUUACAACGUAGAGGCUUUGAAACAGAGCAGUGUAUUAAAUGAGCUUCUUCAUGAGGAGUUAAAUAACAUAGAAACAUGAUUACAAUGAAAAAAAUCUUAAUAACUGGUUUUCAAAUUUUAAAAGAGGUAAAAUAUUUGGAUAUUACUAUGUCAAACAUGAAUGGUAUGUUAUUUUAACAUAAUUAUAUUACAGUAUGGAAUGAAAUUAAGAUCUAUUAAGAUGGGGAAAGAUGAAAUUUAUUCUUUCUUGGAGAAAUUUCUGGGAGAAAAAUAAAAAUGUUACCUAGA